UUUGAUCUAUUCAACAUGGACACCAUGGGCAUGGUGAAAGCAGUAAAAACCUAUACUACGCCUGGUAUAGCAGAUCUCUACGAUAAAACUAGGCCUAACUACAAUCUCUCUUCAGUGGAAUUUCUUUUGGAAAAAGUCGAUGCAUUGAAACCCCACACUGGGCCGGAACCUUUCACGAUCGUUGAACUGGGAGCAGGAACAGGGAGAUUUACCAGAGCAGUGUUGGAAGUCUUAAAGAAACAGUCAGUAGAGAAUUUUAAGAUCAUUCCAACAGAACCUCUCACAGAGAUGUGUGAAAAGUUUCGAAAAAUGAUGCCAGAUAUUGAAAUAUUACAAUACACUGCAAGUGAUUUGCAUGGUUUGGCUAACAAUUCUGCUGACGCGAUAUUAGCGGGUCAAUCUUUUCACUGGUUUGGAAUGAAUCCGAAGGCAAUCGAUGAAAUCCACCGCGUUCUUAAACCCAAAGCCAAACUGGGAAUUAUUUGGGUUAUGGCUGACCGUUCCGUGCCAUGGAUUAAUUCAAUUAGAGAGAUCCUUGACCCUGAGUUUGAGAAAGUUGACCUCCCUCACCCUGCCAAUCGCUCACUUGAGCCUGUGCGUAAUCAUGGCGGUUUUGGUAACGAAGGUAAGGGUGACACGGCUUUUAAAGUUAGCAUGGAACUGGAUUUAGACGGAGUUAUGGAAACACACAAAGCCUAUAGUGUAAUAGUAUGCGCUUCAGAUCAAGAUAGAAAGAGAAUUUUACAGGCGAUUGAAAGAGAAAUGAAGACCAACCCGGACACAAAAGAUAAACAGAAAUAUAAUUAUGAACUUUUAACCUCUACCCACUGGUUUGAGAAAAUUUAGUUUACACAACAAACUAUUAAAGAGGCAAAUCAAUCCAUAUCAAUGAAUGAACUCACACAAUAUGUUAACUUACUAUCCGUCCUCGUACCCAGGGUCUUUUCUCUCGGGACGCUGGGUACGAGGUUGCUUACUGCCUAGUUAGACACCUAUAGACAAUCCAGAAACUGACAUACCCAGCGAUCAUCUUUAUUUUUUAUUCCAUCUAAUUAUAAAUUAUGGUGUAUUUCAUAUAAUUAUGCUUUAUUAGUGAUGAAAAAUCUAAACAAU